AUGCCUCGCCGCCAACUCCAACCUCCCAGCUCCAGUGGCGAAGAGUUUGAUGCUCCAUCCAGCGGAUCGUCGAGUUCGGAUGAGUCUGACCCCGAGAAUGAUCUCCUUUCUCGCGGUGGAACGGCACACCUCUUGACUAUCAGCUCAAAUCCAACAAGAGAAGAGUAUGACGAGGCUUUAAAAAAAGCACAGUUAUUGUGUGGCAAGCGCGAUAAGGAGGUUCGUCAACUUCGUGAAGAGUUGGCGACGAUCAAAGUCAACCAGCCGAAGCGCUCGCGACGUAGUCAAGGCAACAGUGGGUAUCCUCAAGUUAUUGCAAAGCACGAAGAGGAGAUCGCGUCAAUUGGUCGAAUGUUCAGCCUUACCUGCGAACUGUUCCUUCCGGACAACUACAAUACAGUCAUUACUAACAGUUCUCGUCCCCAACAGAGUCUCGUCAACAGCCCCCAGAGAUACGUUACAAAGGCGGCUGAGGAAGCUGGCGUCUUAUCGGAAAUAUAUGAGACGGUUCCCGAACGCUUUCACGGUUUGAUGAGGGAGCACAGUCAAUUCGGCGUCUUAUUUUGCAAUAAACACCGUAAGGUUCGCUCAACGUUUCUCAAAGAGCUUCGCGACAAGAUCAUUCCGAAGAUAUUUGGUGCCGAACUUCGUGAUGUUGCGAAUCAAAUCGGUGCUAGUCACGCUGCCAAGCGGGCAAGCAACAAUGACUUCCAGGAGCUUCUGCGUUGGGACAUGGCACGGAAUAAGUACCCCAAGUUCGCUCCUGUUUUAUAUGCUGCCCGAGAGUCGGACGGACGCCGUAUCGAUGAUCGAACGAAAGUUUUCAUGAACCCACAGCUUGUUUUGGCUCUCAAAGGUUUAUUGACUGGUGCUGCAUCAAUUACAAAGGUCGGCAAAUACGCAAAGCCGAAAACGCGUGCCACCUUGUGGGGGCUUCUUGGUGUGACGCCUGGUUCUAUUGCCGGCAUCGCCAUUCUGGUUUGUUUCAUCUUCUCUCCUGAUCCUGAGCUUUCCGCUGGGAAGGGAGCUGUGACUGGUAUCGACUACGGGAAAGAUUUUACCUUGUACAAGAUGUUUAUCAUCCAGAAACUCAACACUCCAUAUGGGAAAGUGCUAUUCGACCUCUACAAUCAAAUUAUCUUCGGAUCGGCUACAGUGAAUACGAUCGCGAAUGAUCCGGGAGAUGGGGACGAAAGCAGUGGCAUCGAGGAUGCAACCAAUCAAUUCCACACACUCUCCCUUGCCCCUGCUGAACUUGCUACUCACGGAAAUAUCGAACAAGUCGCCCUCGACACUCUUCCCACCAGUUCUAAUGCCGAACAAAGAAUCAUCAGCGCCGGACCAUCGCAGGAGCACAGCCCUAGCAAUCCGGUGUCUGUCGCACAGGAACAGCCGCUUUCAACAACACGUCAUGCAGCUCCAUCUACGUUGGUCACGCCAGAAGCCAGGGUUGUAGAGAAGUCAAAAAAAGGGAAGGCGAGGGAGAAGGGAACUGUUCAGGACACAGCGGCGGAGGUUGUUGAGGCUGUACCAGGUACUCGCAAGCCUCGCAAACCACGCGCGCGCAAAACUUAG